ACUAUAUAAAUACAUGACAUAUUAUAUAUAUAUAUUCAGACACUCGGAAUUUGAUGCUGUUGAGUUAUAAUAUAAGGUGCAAGAAUCCAGCCCAAGCGUUAAAAAAAUGUACGGGCAAGUUGUAUGGUUACUGACUUUGAUUCUCCUCUUGUUAUCUGCCUCGAACACACCUUUGGUCAAAUCCCAUGGAUCUUUUAAGACAAGGUUUAGGGAAGAAGAAUCGAAGAUUGGAGUGCCCAGAAGUGUCUCGAGGCCUGCGAGAAGUAAAGGGCCAAGACCACCUCCUCCUCCAACUCCAAGUGCACCCUAAUGCAUCCACCGUCUCUCUAUGAUCUCUUGUCUUAUUUAUUGCAUAUUUAUGGCUGGGAUCCAUCGAUUAUCUAAAUCAAGUUCUAAUUUUUCGUUUUUAUUUUUUUAUAAAUAAAAAAAUACUGAUAUUGUGUAUUUUCAUUGAAAAAAAGUAUACAUAUGAUAAUAAGAAUAUUUUUUCUUUGGUAAAAGAUAAUAUUAGUUGGAAGUUAAUCGUUCAACUUAACAAGAUACCGGUAUGAGAAAAAUGUUAUCCCAUAAGAUUUUUUUUGAUAAAUUAUCCCAUAAGAUUUCACUAGUAAAAAAAAAACCUUGUUUUUUUUUUGCAAAAGUAGAUGACAACCGAUUAGGUCGAAGAAGAGGGCACAAACAUGCGCAUAAAUCCUGAAAGACUAUACCACACCAAUUAUCGAUGAGUGGAUUCCUUUUGUUGCAAUUCAGAAACUUACGGGCUGAAAUCGAAAGUUUCGAAGUUUUAUUCCUCAACAAUCAAAAGUUCGAGGAGAUAUCAAGAUAAUAGUAUUUAUAAGGACUAAAUUGCAAAAUUAUAUUUAAUUAAUUUAAAAAGAUUGAGAAAAUGGCUCAGAAGACGGUCGACUCGUUUAGGGUAUUCCAUCUCUCUCCGCCGUCUCUGUGAUUUUUUUCGCCAUCUCCGUCUCCUCCGCCGUUGUCUCGUCGAUCGUCUACUCCUGUUAGCUUACUCUCAGGUCAUUUGAUCAGAUAUGCCAUCGAGAAUUGCCCAGAUUCGGCUUGUAAGUUCACAUCCCGAGGUCUAUGAACCAUGUGAUGAUUCAUUUGCACUGGUCGACGCCCUUCUUGCUGAUCGAACCAAUCUCAUUGAUCAAAACCCAAAAAUCUGCAUGGAAAUUGGCUGUGGAAGUGGCUAUGUCAUAACAUCCCUCGCCCUUUUGCUUGGGAAUGAGGUUGGAGGCGUUCACUAUCUGGCCACAGACUUAAACCCUGUAGCUGCAAGAGUAACACGUGAGACACUAGAAGCACAUGGCGUUGAUGCAGAAGUAAUCUGUACUGAUAUUGCUUCUGGGUUGGAGAAGAGACUCGCUGGUUCGGUUGAUGUUAUGGUGGUUAACCCACCUUAUGUACCGACACCCGAAGAUGAAGUGGGUUGGGGCGGAAUCGCAUCUGCUUGGGCCGGAGGGGAAAACGGCCGGACUGUUAUCGACAAAAUCUUGCCGGUUGCUGAUCUUCUGUUGUCAGAGAAGGGUUGGUUGUACUUGGUGACACUAACCUCAAAUAACCCAUCUGAGAUAUGCCUGAUGAUGAGAAAGAAGGGUUACUCGUCAAGGAUCGUUGUUCAGAGAUCAACCGAAGAAGAGAAUCUCCAUAUCAUCAAGUUCUGUAGAGACAACGAUGUUCGAGCUGGGGACAAGGAGACAUCGUCGUCCUCAAUCAAAGGAGUUCCAAAGAUCUUGGAGUCGUUGGUUUCUCAGCUUCCGAGAUCUCUGUCUUUGUGGAGACACCACAACGACGAGGCCGGAGGAAAAGUUUGAUUCUCUUGCGCGUCUUUUUGCUUUAAUCAUGGGUGAAUACUUGUGCAUUGAGCAAUUGAAACUGGUUAUUACUUCAUAGGAAGCAUUCUUGUUUUGUAUUGUUGUAAAUAGUUGGGGAUGUUUCUCCCAAUGCUCAUUCAGUUCCUCUGUUUUCAAUCCCCUGUCUCAACCCGGUUGUGUUGGACCGGGAUAUAAACCGGUGCUUUUGGUUUGGUUUAA